ACCGCGGAAGAUAUUAGCUCGUGGAGCGAGAAUGAAGAAGACGGGGAAGAGGAGGAAGAAGAAGUUGAAGAUGAGGAGGAGGAUUACUCUUGUUCGGACCAAAUUCGGCAAAUGGAACGCCGUGCUCAAGAUAUGGAAGGGAAAUACCCAGCUCUGGCCGGUCCUAGAAUUCCAACACUACAAAGAUCCGACGCUUUUUGGAAAAUAACGCCUCCCGAAGGACAUAAUCUGUUCCGAAGUCUCAUCAAUGGCUUCAUAUCCCUACCUAAUGCCCUUAUGAGCGUGGAGGAAGACAUAAUCCAAACGCUGCAAUAUCCCGUCAAAAAGGAAGAUCUAUAUUUCGAGCUAGGGCAACGAGAAUCGGAAAUACAAGCCAUUGUAGCCUCCCAUUGUGGACUGCCGAGUCCCGAUCGUGUGUUCGUCUCCAAUCCUACCACAGGAGAGACUUGGCAUCACGGCCGUUUCAAUCUUUGUAUCCCUGUGUAUGUUGCUAAUCCAGGGAGUGAAGAACCAGCACCACUAGCAUUUAAGCUCCCAUUACCGUAUAUGGUUGGCGAGGAAGAAUUUCCUGGAAACGCAGAAGAGAAGUUACGAACAGAGGCAGCAACUCAUAUUUGGGUCAGUGAAAAUUGCCCAGAUAUUCCGCUCCCAAAACUCUACGGGUUUGGGCUUCCAGGAGGACUCAGUGUACGUAUCGAGUAUAUCCUGCACGAUAUUCCUGGUGUUGAAUAACUCACUAACAAGCAGAUUUCUUGAUUCAUAAAAGUACUUCAAGCCAGAGUGUGUUACAAUAUGGCAACGCAUAAAGACUUAUGCAUACCGUAUCUUCCACCGUCUCUUCCUUGGUAACUCAGAUUUCAGUCAAUAUAUUCCCCAGAAUCGCACUGCGCUUCUGAACCAUGGGUAUAUGUUAACUGAAAGGAUCAUGAUCAAUGAUGAGUUAAGGCCGUUACCCGACAGACUUGGAAUGCGCCAUAACGACCUUCAGCUACAUUACGAGAAGUUUCUUCAGAAAUCGAAGACGCAAAAUCUGUACCGCAGUUUUGCGAAGGCCAUGAUGUCACUCGCAAAUAUUCCACAGCAACGAAUUGGCUCCUGGACUAUUGACAAUAAUGGCCGACUAUCGUUAUCUAAUCGCCCCCUAUUUUCUCGUAUUAGCCGGUUUGAGAAUCUAGGAAUUCCGAGUGGUAUUCCGCGCGACACCACCUACAACAAUACGGAUAGCUUCUACAACGACUGUAUUGGUAUACAUGACAACCGUAUUGACUACCAAAAGAAUAUUUUACCCGACGAGGUAGCCGCUUUUGAGACUGUUUCUACCAUAGUUUUCAUGAGAUCCAUAUUACCUCAAGUGAUGGAUAAUACCCUCCGCCAUGGUCCGUUCGUCAUGCAACUAGGAAGCAUGCCUGUUCAAAAUAUCCUGGUUGACGAAGAGUGGAAUAUCAAACAAUUCAUCGAGGUUCAAUCUAUAUGCUCUUUACCUAUAGAACUGAUGUUACCACCUUCCUGGAUAACUGGAAAGGAUAUCGACAAAUUGCUGUCUACAGAAGAUGACCGGCUCCAAAUAUGCUAUAGGCAAUUUGCCCAUACACUCCGGCACGAAGAGGCCAAGCGACCUUUACUCCCAAACGGGAAACUUCACUCCGACACUCUUAUUGACGGGCUGCAUUCCUCAAAGUUCUGGCUUCUCCAGGCAUUACAAUCCUCGGGGAACCCACUACACACCUUUAAACGUGUAAAAGGCUAUGGAGACAACUAUGCGGGGAAGGGCAAGCCGCUUGCAGCAGCGGCAUUCAGGCCUCAGAUUUAUGACUAUCUGAAGUACAAGAUCUCGUCAUACGUCGACUACCGGAAAGACGUGCAGAAACUAUUCAACGGUGAGUAUGGGCGAGUGUAUGACGAAGAAGAGCUUGAUUAUAUCCGACGUCGGCCUAUCGUACCCGAAAGAAGGUAGUGAAAACAGGUUAUGGUUCGA